UUUAGGAUGUAGUCUAAACCUUAAAGAAGAAGAAGCCCAUAGACGACAGUCUCAAGAUAAAUGUUUCUUGAAAAUGUCGAAACCACAGUUGUUGACUGUGUUUAUAGCCAAGCGAUUAAUAUCGGCAGCCGUGAACAUAUUUGGGAUAGAGGAAAGGUGGAUAGCUCAGUACCAGGAGCCACUAGCAGCAGUGACUGUUGAGAUAAUGGCGGCGGUGGAAACGACGAUAGAACAAGAGCUCUCCAGUUCAAAGCAGGAGAUUGAACGUCUACGGAGGCUUCUUCUGGAGUUGGGAGCAGACCCCCAGCAGCUAACUGUCCCUGAAGAGGAGGUUCCCCCUGAGCAGCAGCACUGUGAGCAGGAGUGGAGCCCCAGUCUGGGGCAGCAGGACACAGAGCCCUCACAGAUUAAAGAGGAACAGGAGGAACUCAGGACGAGUCAGGAGGAAAUCAGUACGAGUCAGGAGGAAGAGCAGCUUCAUAGACUUGAGUCUGAUUCCACAGAUGUUGUAGAGUUCAUAUUUACUGCUCCUCCCUGUGUGGAAAAGUACUCUGAUCAGGACAGAGAGAGAGAGAGGGACUCUCUACCCACCAACACAACUGAACAGAUCCAAACAGAACCUAAUGGAGAGGACUACAGAGUAUCAGAACCAACCAGUGACUCUCUGCUCCUCUCUGCAGUAAAUCCAGACUGUUCGGCAGCUCACAGUGAAAUCAUUGUAAGUGUGGAUGAGGAUGAGAGCGAGGAGCCUGUGUCAAAGACCCUCAAAUCAAGGAGGGCACAGGCAGAGACAGGACAAAGCUCUCAAGUCCGCACUGAGGCCGAGAAAACCAGUGAGCUGAAAGAACCGUUGAAGUCUCACACAAAUAGGAAGCCGUUCAAAUGUCCUGCGUGCGGUAAACGCUAUAAGACACGAGGCGGUUUAAAAACGCAUCAGAGAAUUCACUCAACUGAAAAUAAUCAUCACUGCAAGAAAUGUGGCCAAUCGUUUAACUUGUUGCAACAAUGGAAGAAACAUAUGAAGAAUCACACAGACGAGGAAUCGCCUACGUGCCACGUGUGCAGUAAACGUUUUAAACUGCCAAACCAUCUGAAAACUCAUAUGAGAUGCCACAGCGUAGAGAAAUCCAGUCAGUGUCCGACAUGUGGAAAACACUUUAAAUCAGGGAAAGACCUAAAGAAACAUCAGAGAAUUCACACUGAAGAUCAACGAUACCAGUGUCCGACAUGUGGAAAACACUUUAAAUCAAAGUACAACCUUAAACAACACAAGAAAAUUCACACCGACGAGAAAUCGUAUCGCUGCAAUGAUUGUGUCAAGUGCUACAGGACAAAGACGGGCUUAGAAGAGCACGUGAGGACUCACACAGGGGAGAAACCUUUUAAGUGUUCCGUGUGUGAAAAGUGCUUUACUUCAACAACCAUUCUAAAACGCCACGAGAGAACUCACAGUGGAGAGAAACCACACUGCUGCACACAAUGCAACAAACGCUUCCCUGUCAAGUCAGACCUGGUUAAACACAUGAGAACGCACACAGGGGAGAAACCUUUUAGCUGUAGCGAAUGUGACAGAUGUUUCAGUCAUAACAUUAGCCUGAGACUGCACAUGAGAACUCACACAGGGGUGAAACCGUACAGCUGCGAAGAAUGUGGCAAAUGUUUUUCUGUUAACAGUAACCUGAGAAUGCACAUGAAAAUUCACACAGGAGAGAAAUCGUUUUGUUGCCAGGAAUGCGGUAAAUGUUUCCGUCAUAAAAUUAGCCUGAGACUGCAUAUGAUGACUCACAGUGGUGGAGAGAAUCUUCACGGAUGUACUCAAUGCAACAAAUGUUUCCCCAUCAAAUCUCUCCUGGUUAAACACACGAUGACGCACACAGGGGAGAAAUCUAAUAGCUGCAAAGAAUGUAGCAAAUGUUUCAGUCAUAACAUUAGCCUGAGACUGCACAUGAGAAUGCACACAGGGGAGAAAUCAUAUACCUGCAAAGCGUGUGGCAAAUGUUUCCAAAACAAGACGGUUCUGACGAGGCAUAUGAGAACUCACAAAGGAGAGAAUCCAUAUAAGUGUCCCCUUUGUGUCAGUUCCCUUAUGUCAUCAAAUGAACUAAAACAUCUUUACUUGGGAGAGAAACCAGAGACCGACCAACCAGAGAAUCCAUCGUGCCUCUGCAGCGAUUGUGGCAAACGCUUCCCAACGACGAAAACCCUGAGAGACCACAUGAGGACCACACAUGAAGAAAGAAGGCAUUCGUGCUCUGUUUGUGGAGAUUUCUUUAUGUCGUUGGGUUCUCUUAAAGUUCACCAGAAAAUUCACACUGGAGAGAAACCCCACCAGUGUUCUGUUUGUGGGAAAUAUUUUGCAUUGUAGUGAUGGGAAGUUUGGCUCUUUUUACAGACUGAUCUUUGACUCAUUUAAAUAAAUAAAAAAAACUCCUCUUUCGACUAA